GUGCCCGAGCUUUCUCGGACAGGAGGCAGCAAGGCCUCGAAGUAUGAGGGGUGGUUGCAGACCAGCACCCUCUACUACGCGUCGGUGCGCCCGCGGGUCGAGGCCUGGUGGUGCAACCUGCGCGCUGCGGUGGACGCAUCGCACGACGAGUACCUGCACGUGGGCCCGCUGCAGCGGCCGUGCAUUUGCCCCCAGACGUCGUGGGCAGAGGUCGGGGCACAGAGGCAGGUGGAGUACAAGUAUCGGCCCUACCUGCUCCAGGCCAUGCCCGAGUCCGUCAAGGCCCAGGCGCUCGCCGCCAGGCAGCUGAGCUGCAGUGAGCUCGUUUUCGCCGUUUGCGUCGAGGCGGGCCCUGGCGCCCUCCGGGAUAGAGCUGCCACGUUGAAGGCAGUGGAGCGCCGUGGCAAUCCGGCUGCCCCAGCCCGGGGGGAGGCCGUGGCCCCAGACCCCACCAUCCAAUUCACCACGUUGCGCACGCUGGUGAGCAAGAUGGCGGAGGCCGACGAGGACUUUAAGUUCCGGAUGAGUAAUUGGCAGUUCGUUCAAGGCCUCAGUGGCGCUGCGAGCUGCAGCCAAAGCCAGAUCGACGAGUUCUGGCGCCCCCUGGCCGGCGAGGCCCGCGAGGUCCCCACCGACGGGGCGAGGCAGCAGCAGCGGCGGCAGCAACAGCAGCAGCAGCCGCAGCAUAUUCAGCAGCUUGGCAAGAAGGUGCAGGCGAAGGUCGCGUCGCUGGAGGCGCAAAUUGCCUUCCCCAAAGGGGCGGGCAAGGGCGGCGGUCAGCCAUUGAAGCCAGGCCCGAAAGGCAAGGCUGGCGGGCCGACCAAAGGCAAGAACAAGGGCAAGGACGCGGAGCAGUCGAAGUUCUGCCAGUUCUUCGAGUCCGAUGCUGGCUGCAAGCAGGGCGGCGCAUGCGCGUGGCCUCACCGCGAGCUGCAAGCUAGCGAGGGGAAAUGCUUCAACUGCGGAAGCAAGGGGCGCUCCAAGGGCGCCUGCUCGCGCCCGAAGCGCGAGGCGGCGGCCAAGGCAGCAGAGCGGAUGCUGCUCGCCGACACGGUCGCCGCGCGCGAGCUGCGCUCGAUCCCUGUGGAAGGUGACCCUGGGGUCGAGACGCGGCGCGUCGAUCUGCAGGCGGCGACGGGCAGCGUGGAGGCCAGGAUGGGCGAGGACGACGUGGUGUACGUUGAGUCCGAUGCCCCUCUUCAGCCGCUGUUCUCGCUGGGGAUCUACAUCGAGGAGUGCGGACUCGGGCUCGAGUGGGCGCCCGAGGCUUGCGGGCUGCGGCUGCCAGACCACCGAUGUUUGGAGCUGCGUCGCGCGGGGGGCAGCAUCUUCAUCGAGGGGGGCGAUGCUGAGGUGCUGCAGCGGCUUCGCGCUGCUGUGCGUUUGGCGCGCGGUCGUGCCGUGGUGGCCCAGGCGAUCAGGGCCGCAGCUUCGCUGGCGGAGCUGGCAAAGCAUCGAUCAUACGGGCGUCCCGCAUUGAGUGCCGUGAGUGCAGGCUCGCCGCAGGGCGCGUGCGCUCGCGCUACCGCCUGGGCCCUUCUACCCGGCCAGGUGCUGACGCAGGCCGAGGUCGCGCAGCAGGGCUGCAACGUCGCGGAUGCGAGGGUAGCUGCGGCGGCCGGCGAC